AUGCCAUCCUAUACAUAUCCGCCUGCACGCUAUACGUCCCUUCGACGAACCGUGGAGGCAAAUCUCACUGGAGGUGGUGUGGCCACUGGUCUUGCCAACAUACAUGCGGAGAAGGUGUUCAUUGCGUCAACCCUAUACGAUGGAGGAGGAGCUCUUCUGUCUGGACGUUGGGGAGAAGACUUGCGCGAGCUCAUCAACAUCAUUGGUCCUGAGCAUGUCCAUCUCAGCAUAUACGAGAACGAUCCAGAUCCUGCAGCUGAGGAAGCGCUGUCUGAUUUUGCCACACGGGUCACUUGUGAAUCUACUCUUGUUGCGGAACAUCUAGACGUGGAGGAUAUGCCGCAUGUGAGAACACAAGAUGGCGCGCAGAGAAUGGACAGGAUCGCUUUUCUGGCGGAGGUCCGCAACCGUGCAUUACGACCUUUGAGGAUGAACAGCUCUGGAAUCUAUUCUACUCGAUACGACAAGGUCUUGUACCUGAACGACGUCUAUUUUGAUCCUAUAGAUGCGGCUAAUCUGCUUUUCUCGACCAACGUUCAAGAAGUUACCGGGGUUACUGACUACCGUGCUGUAUGUGCCGUCGAUUUUAAACACCCUCUGGUAUUCUACGACACCUUUGCCACCCGCGAUGCAGAUGGCUAUGAAGUUGGUGCAGCGGUCUUCCCCUGGUUCUCCAAUGCCGGUAGUGGUCGUUCGAGGCAAGACGUACUUUCACAGUCCGAGAUCAUUAGAGUCAAAAGCUGCUGGAGUGGCAUGGUCGCGUUCGAAGCAAAGUGGUUUCAGCCAGAAAACCCCAUCUCGGAAUCCAGAGACUUCGAUAACCCUGAACAGACUGGCCUCGGCUUUCGCUAUGAGCUAGAGGACUACUGGGAUGCGUCGGAAUGCUGCCUGAUCAACGCCGAUCUCGCUCUACUUUCAGCUGAUCUCUCAAAAAUGGUGNAAACAGGCAUCUACAUCAACCCAUACGUGCGCGUGGCAUAUUCAAGAGGCGCCUUGGCCUGGUUGCCAUACAUCAAGCUCUUCGAAAGACUGCUCACGCCGAUACAAUUGUUGCUCACCUCGAUCGCGGGUCUUCCGCGCCACAAUCCUAGACGAUUAGAACAACCUGGCGACAGAGUGACUGACCAGGUUUGGAUCUGGAAUGAUGAUCUUUCCAACAUCGGAAAAGCCAUUCAAAAUCAAGACACGCGUCUUGCGGAUGGCUCGUAUGAGAAUAUCACUCGUACGGCUUCAUCAGGCGGGUUUUGCGGGCAUCGGAAACAGUCUGUCAUAAUUCAACGCUCCGAUGGAGUCGGAAAGGGUUGGGCAAGUUUUGAGGCGCCUACACUUGCAUAG